GCAGCAGAGUCCAGUGGGACAUGAUAAGGCCUCAGAAAGGGAGCAUAUCUGGGGACCUAUCUUCAGGCUCCUCCAUGUACCAGCUUAACUCCAAACCCACAGGUUCUGACCUGCUGGAGGAGCACCUCGGUGAAAUCCAGAACCUGCGCCAGCGCCUGGAGGAGUCCAUCUGCAUUAACGAGCGCCUGCGGGAGCAGCUGGAACACAGGCUCAGCUCCACGGCCCGCAGAAGCAGACCCACCUCUAACUUCUACAGUCCAGGCCUGGGGUCCACACCUCAGCUCUGCAAUGAGAACAGAGUCCUUAGGGAAGAAAACCAGAGGUUUCAGGCUCAGCUCAGUCAUGUUUUCAGAGGUGAAAUCCCUAAGGGCUCUGCCAUGCACUCCAGUCCUGUGACCCUUGCCUUCCAGGAGCCAUGCAAGAAGCGAAGCCACCAGAAGUCCUUAAAACUGCAGGGAGGAUGGGCCUGUCCCCCUUCUUCAUAG